AUGCUGCACCGCCUGAACGAGGUGCAGUUUCAACUACUCGCCGACGGGAACAUUGGAGAUGCGGUAUCACAGGCGCGCCGGGAGAUUGCGGGGCUGAGGGACUACGGUCGUGAUACGAUAGAAGUGAUGAGGGGGUUUGCUACAGCUCUGCUUGGCGGAAGGGAGUGA